CACAAUUGCUAUCUCUUUCAAUGCUGGCAUUUGCCACAUCAUUAGUCCAUCAGUUCACUGCUGUUUGAGUCACCUUAAGGAUUGGAUCUACCGUUUGACUGAUUUUUGACAAAACAAAAUGAGGAUACUUUUGGUGAUAUCGUUGGUCAUCAUCUCAUUGGCCUCAUUCCAUGUUGUCUGUGGAAUUCAAGGCCCGGGUGGACAACAACAACAACAACAGGCAAUUCAAUCUCCCGUUUCGAAACCGGCACCCAUUUCACCACUCUUUGCAAAACGAAAUGUUACUGACAAUUCUGGGUCAUCUUUGACCGCUAACGACACAUCCAAUGGCAUUAAUCUUCGAAAUAUAGAAGGAAUUUACAACACUAAUAAUUCCGGUUAUGGUGUCCCGGGUACUAACUAUGGAACCGGUAAUACAUAUGGCAAUAGCAAUCCUUACAGUUCCGGUGGUUAUGGGGAUAACGGAAACCCUUAUGGUAAUACCGGUACAUACAACUCUUAUGGAACAAAUAGUGGGAACCCAUACAAUAGUGCCGGAUAUACUAACCCCGGUGGUCCAGUUCAAUAUACUGGUUAUACUGGAGGUUAUAACACUAAUAGUUACAAUACUGGCGGAUAUAGUAAUCCAACUUCUUCUCAACCAAACACAUACUCUGGAGGUUAUGGUAUUCAAACCGGAGGCUAUACUCCCCAGACUGGAAGCUAUGUUCCUCAGACUGGAGGUUAUACUUCACAAACUGGAGGCUACACUCCCCAGACUGGAGGUUACAAUUCAGUAGGCUAUGGAACUACAGGUACUUAUUCAACACCAAAUACUUAUGGCACACCUGGAAACAGUUACGGAACCUCAAACACUGGAGGCUAUAGUAAUGAUUACUCAACGGGUAUGACUGGUAUGACCUCAAGCAACUAUAACAAUGCUAACCCUGGAUAUGGAUAUUCAAACCAGAAUACUGGUUACACCAAUACUGGCGGAUAUACUAACAAUCCUUAUGGAAGUACUCCCGGAACGUAUGGAAAUACCCCAACAUAUGGGAACACUAACUCAUACACCCCUAACACUGGAUACGGCACUUACAGUAGCAAUCCAGUACAAACAUAUACUGGUCAAAUUGGCUACAAUACUAAUCCCGGAUAUGGCACCAAUACACCAUCAUAUAACUCUCCGGGUACCGGUUAUAAUACUGGUAGUUAUAACAGCUAUGGAGCGGGAAAUCCUGGCAAUGCACCAAAUUACAAUACAAAUACGGGCGGUUAUUCUAGCAACCCUGGUUACACCUCUGGCUAUACUGGUACUACUGGUACUACUGGUACUACUGGUACUACUGGCUAUGCUGGUACUACUGGCUAUACUGGUACUACUGGCUAUAAUACCGGCUAUACAAACACUAAUUACAACAAUCCCACCGGAUAUUAAAUACUAUAACUAAUUAAUAUUUUUUAUUAUUCCUAAAUUUUUAAUUUUCUAAUAUAUU